AUGAACUUCGAAACAUUGAUAAAUCCACCUCAAUCAGUUUUCGAUCAAAUAAUUCAUUGGACGACUGAAACUGAAGAUUGGGGACAUCAAUUAGCCGAUUAUCAUUAUUGGUCAACAAGUUUCGAUAAGUAUUGGCUGUUCACAGUUGUUGAAAAAGGUUUCUUUCUAAAAAUCUGCUAGAUUUUCAAUAAAAACUCAUUCAGGAACUACAAAUCUGGUCGCUUCUGUGUCUUUGGCUCGAUGGGAUGAUCCAAAAGACACGCUUUACAGUGUUGGCCUCUUUUAUUGCGUUGAAAAAUAUCGUGGACAAUCAAUAGCCAAACAACUUUUCGAAAAAGCUAUGAGUAUUGUUGGAGAUGAUAAUGCAACUCUAACAGGAGGUAAUUAUUUUUUGUGGUUUUGACCGAAAAGUACCAAUUUUUAGCUGUGAAGAUGGUUGACAAGUAUGCAUCGACUUUCGGUUUCGAUAAAAUUCCAGCUUAUUGGAAUAAUAUAACUUCCAUCAAGACUCAAAAUCUGGUGAUGCCAGAAAUCAAUAAUGAGGAAUAUGGAACAAAGGUGCGCGGAUUACUUUGAAAACAACUAAACACGCAGAUAUUUAGGACUGGUCUGAUGUUGACCCAGAACUUCUUUAUGAAUAUGAUCGCACAAUUUGUGGCAGAGAUCGAAGAAAAAUGCAGACAAAUUGGUUCAAUUUGAAAAACACCUUCACAAAAGUGGUGUUCGAUCUGAGUGAGACAAAUAAAGUCGUUGGAUAUGCGACAAUUCGAAUUGUAUCAAAAAAUAAGCUAUCAGUUUCUCCAUUUUAUGCUGAAAAUCUAGAUGCUGCAAUAGCUCUUCUCUCCGCACUUCUUCAUCAAAUCCCAUUAGUUUCAAGUUACGCAUCUCUUGGUUUUGUGCAUCCAUCUAUCAAUCAAGAUACUAUUCGGUGAGUUGAGUAUCGAACAUUUUUCGUACGAAACAAGUUUUUAGACUUCUUGAAACCUUCGCUAGAACGCCGGAAGAUAUAAAUUCUGUACCUCUCUACAAAAGUCAAUUCACUAAAAAAUUCAUUUCAUCACCAAAUGCAAAAGUUUACUCUGUUUGGGAUUCUACACAUCAAUUUGUAUGA